AUGCCUCCAAAGAAGCUGCUCUGCAUCAUCCCCAUCUCGACAACCGGGAUAACGCAGAGCCUUGCAGCCAUCUACACAUCGACAGCACAGAUCCAGCUCGACUUCAUAGGUGGCAGUGGACUGACAACUUGCCCCCCGUGUAUCGAGAACCACGAACAAGCCAUCGAGUCGUCUGCGGCUAUGCUGCCCAGAGUGACCGACUUCCUUGCCACCCGCCAAUACGACGGCAUCCUUACGUGCUGCUUCUCAGACCACCCGCUAGUGUACGCUCUUCGACGACAGACGAGCACGCCAGUCACGGGCAUUUUCCAAGCCGCGCUCAUGAUGGCUGUGCCAACCAUGGAGACGGAGAGUGAGCGGUUCGGGAUAGUAACGACAACGGCGGCCUGGGAGCCAGUUUUGCAGGAGUCUGUUCGGGAGCUGGGCUACGGGGCUCAUUGCGUGGGUGUGCGUGCAACGAGGCUUGGUGUGUUGGACCUGGAGAGUCUCCCGGAAAGUCAUGUCGUACAGGUCUUCCGGCGAUCAGCCCAGGAACUUGUGGAUGACGGGGCCACGAGCAUCAUCCUGGGAUGUGCAGGGAUGGCCAGUCUUCGGAGAGGCAUUCAGGCCGUCCUGCCACCUCGAGUCCGCAUAAUCGAAGGCGUGGAGGCCGGUAUAGCAGUUCUAGUCAGAGAGUGA